UUUCUAGUUCAGUUGGCAAGUCGAAAACAUGAUUCUCUUGUGAGUCUUGUAGUUUGUUGCAUGGUGUACAGGUACUGUUUGUCUACACUGUAGAGCACCAUUGGUCUAGGGAACCUAGUGCAGGUGAAAUGUAGUCUGGGCGCUCGUUGGAUGUGGAGAUGCAAUGGCGGAAGGAGGCGAGAGUGCAUGCUCUAGCGAUCUUUUCAAAGAGGAAUUCAAGAGAUAUAAGCGACGAAAACCCGCUCCAAACUUCAGUGAUGUGAUUGAUUUCACCAAGUCCUCAUCCUUGAUCAAAGAACAUUCUCUUGACCAAGAUUCAUGCAGCGAUGAUGUCACUCGCCAACUUUGCAGCAACUGUGGGCUACGAUCUGUCGAGUCUUGGAAGAUAUUUCAAGUACCAUCGCAUCCCGGGUUCUACUACAUUGUAGAUCCGUUCAAGGACGGAUUUCAUCGCCACUGGGUCAAGCAGUGCCUCAGCGAAUACCCUCACUUGCCCAAUGUGUCCAACCUGGAUGCUCAUUUGCCCGGUAGACCAUCUGAUCUGUGGCAAGAUGCCCUACACCAAAGACAGUCGGAUCAUGCAGGGUGGCUGUCGAGCAAUUCUUUGAUUCAACGCCUGCGCUGGGUUACCCUGGGAUAUCACUAUGAUUGGACAAACAAGGUUUACUACAAGGAGAAGGUGUCGCCGGUCGCUGCGGACGUGGACGAGUUGUGUGGCGUGAUGGCGCGAGUGCUGAAGUUCGAUGAGUUCAAGGCCGAAGCUGGAAUUGUCAACUUCUAUCAUCUUGACUCGACGCUCAGUGGACACACGGAUCACUCUGAAUUUGAUCUUACUGCUCCUCUAUUUUCCAUCAGUUUCGGGCAGGACGCGAUAUUUCUGCUGGGCGGUCACGAGCGCAGUGCUCGGCCAGUGGCGAUGAUGGUGCGAAGCGGUGAUGCAAUGGUGAUGUCGGGUGAGGCGCGCAUGGCCUAUCAUGCCGUGCCGAGAGUCUUUCCAACCACUGUAAAGCCACUGGAGGUCGAUAGUAUAGUGUCGGAUGAUGAGUGGACGCCUUACGGCGAGUACAUGCACGCGUCACGUGUCAACCUGAACAUCAGGCAAGUACUGCGGCCCGGCGAGGGCUUCCCCGACGUUCCGUACCCGACUGCAUGCACUGCAGCGGCCGCGUGUUCAACGGGAGAGACUCACGGUCGUGUGCCUGACCAGUGUGCUAGCUCAGGCACUGCUCAGGCCACUGCUUCUGCUGCUACUGAUGUGACCGGCUCUCUCCCUCCGAGUAAUGGGCUCAACAGUAGUCACAUUGCACAUGAACAAGGACUACCACAGUCCCCUAAUGAAAGAACUACUCAUGGCCGUGAGGCGGCCGAACCUAGCUGUAAACGCCGAUUAGUUGAUCUGUAAUUUUUUUAUAUAUUGCAAAUGGCGGCAGCCCACCGUGUGCAAUCCAGGCUGUGCGCGUGCAGUUGGCUCUCGCUUCUGCUCCCUGGUCUGCUUUUCUUUUUAUCCAGUGUAGCGGGCUACACUUUAGGAUAGUAUCUGUGUGUGGCUGCGUGUGUGUGUGUGUGUGUGUGUGUGUGUGUGUGUGUGUGUGUGUGUGUGUGUGUGUGUGUGUGUGUGUGUGUGUGUGUGUGUGUGUGUGUGUGUGUGUGUGUGUGUGUGUAUGUUGCCACUGGCUUGAUUUAGAUGAAAUUAGAGAGGCGUGUUACUGUGCCCUUUCCUUCUAUUCUCUCUCUUUUUUUUCUUACGGAGCAUAUGACUGACAAAAUGAUUUUUAUCACCCUCUUUCCUAUGAUUGAACUUUAAUUUUGCAGAAACAUAGUCAUUUGAGAGGGUGGCUGCGUAAUCGA